CUGAAACAGCUGUUCUCUCUUCCCCCUCUUAUGACCUGAGAAGGAAGAACCGAAGAGGAAGGAGGGGACCCGAAGCCCUAGGCCGUGAAGGAGCUGCCGGGCGGCUUUCUUCGGGGACAGAUGCUUUCUUCCAGCCUCAGGCCUCGGCCUUCCCCCUGAGCCCACCAUGGUCUCCAGACUCAUCUUCUUGGCUCUGCUCCUGUGGCUGCUUCAGCGAGGAGGAGGGCAGUCCGUGGUGGAGAAGAUGCCCCCUAUCCUGGUUGACGCGGUUCCCUUUCAAGUGACAUUCAAGUGUGCGAUCACCUACCCCAACACCAACACUUACAAGACCUUCCAGGUCAGCUACUAUCAAACAGACCCCCGAGGCCAGCAAAGCCGAGAGGUGAACGUCCCCUGCCAAGCGAGCCCUGGCCCCGAGAACCAGACCCAUACGACAGACUGCUCGUUUCCCGUUGGCCCAUUCCAUAACGCCUCGGCUACCGGGACCUACUACUGCCAGGUGAAGUGGCCCGGAACCAAGAAGAAAGGAAAAGGCGUCUUCAUCCUUGUCAGAGAUUCUGGGUACAAAGAACCCCCCGCGAGUGCCAGAAAAUUCCUACUCAUCACCUCUACCUCUCUCCUGGCCAUCCUGAGCAUCGUCGGUACGGCUCUGCUGCUGUGGAAGACCCAGGUGGUGCCUUUGAGGAAGCUCUUCGCUCGGAAGGGCCCAGUUGAAGAGACGGGAGUCCGAGAGCCAGCUUGUUCUGGACCUGUUUACACCUCUUUGGAGCACAUUCAGCCGGAAGUCUAUUCUAUCAUUGAGCAAGACCCUAGUAGUCCACUACCGGAGUGUGGCAAGCUGCCUCAGGAACAGCAGCUGAAAGUGGAAGCGGAUGUAGAGUUUAAUUCCCUCUAUGAAAAUUUCUGAUGAAUAAAUGCUGAUCGACUUGGUCUAA